AUGAGCAACGUUUACUUCGACGUUUCUGCCGAUCAGGCACCCCUUGGCCGCAUCACCUUCAAGCUGUUCGACGAUGUGGUCCCCAAGACGGCUCAGAACUUCCGUGCCCUUUGCACUGGCGAGAAAGGAUUUGGAUACGCGGGAUCUGGCUUCCACCGUGUCAUCCCUGACUUCAUGCUUCAGGGUGGUGACUUCACCAAACACAACGGCACUGGUGGCAAGUCUAUCUACGGAGAGAAGUUCGAAGAUGAGAACUUCCAGUUGAAGCACACCAAGCCUGGUCUGCUCUCCAUGGCCAACGCUGGUCGCAACACCAACGGCUCUCAGUUCUUCAUCACCACCGUUGUCACCUCUUGGCUCGAUGGCAAGCAUGUCGUCUUUGGCGAGGUCGUCGAUGGUUUCGAUAUCGUCAAGAAAAUUGAGUCGCUUGGUUCCUCCAGUGGAACCCCGAAGGCCAAGAUCACCAUUGAUAAGUCUGGAGUCGUCUAA